AUGGACGCCGACGCCCCCCUCCCCGGCGCGGUGGCGCGGACGAGCGCGCGCGCGGCGUACGAGAAUCUCUCGACGCUUCGCGCGCAAACAUUGGACGCGCGCCCGAUCGUCGCGACCGGCGACGGGGACGACGCGCGCGUGCCGGGGGCGAUUCGCAUCGCGCGAGACGUUCUGGAGGCCGCGAUCGCGUCGAGCGGGGCGUCCGGGGCGCGGGCGAUGCUCACGGAGGCUGGGGUGGAUGCGCGCGGGACGGCGGUGGUGUUGGCGGAGGCGGACGGAGACGCGGAGUUCGUCGCGCGGACGCUGAUGUGGAUCGGACUCGACGCGGCGGUGGUUGAUGGAGGAUACGGGGCGUGGAUAGAGGCGGGGUAUCCGACGAUUGGGAAGAGGUGGUCGGAGGAGGGAGCGAAGGAUGGUACGGGGGCGAGACGGUUGAUCGUUUGGGCGAAUCCGCGCUCGCGGUCGACCGCGUUCGAGCGGUCGCUGUCGAUGCACUCCCGGGCGAUGGUGAUGCAUGAGAUGCUCACGGAACCGUAUUUGAAGGAGCGUAAUCCGGAGAACUACGAAAAGAUUGUGAACGGGCAGACGUCUCAAGAGAUCGAGAGCAGCGUGUGCGGGUACUCGACGGCGCUCGAGGUGCUCACCGCAGACUUCUCCGGGCAAGGGAAGCCGUUUUUGAUAUCGAAGGAGCUGUCGUGUUACUUUGACGACGAAAAAAUCACGGACGAAUGGCUGCUUGCGUUCAAUCACGUCGUGCUGACGCGAAACCCGCUGGACGCGCUCAAAUCGUUUUAUCGAGUAGCCGCCGAGGGAGACGCGGAAAGCUCUUACUUUGACGUCCACGAAGCUGGUUUUGUGGAGUGUCUCGACAUCAUGCAUCGUCUGAACAGGAUCGGAGCGAGAUGCUUGGCGAUAGAUGCCGAUAACGAUCUCAUGAAGAAUCCAGAGGGGAGCCUGCGAGCGACGUGCGAGCUCGUGGGCAUGGAUUUCGAAGAGUCCAUGCUAUCGUGGAACGCUCAAGAGCGACCGUCAUGGAAAAAGUUUCGCGAUUGGCACGCCGAUGCGUCGAAGUCUACCGGAUUCAUUGACGUCAAAAAGGUAGAUAUCCCGUACUCUAAGGAGGUAUACGACGGCGCGCGAUGGUGUAAGCCUUACUACGACGCAGUGCUCUGGUCAUCAGUGGGCGUCAUGGAAGGUUGGCCGACGUUGCGUCGCCUCGCUCAUGGAGAGCAUAGAUUGACUGUCGUGAUUUGCGCCAACGGAGAGCACGCUGGCCGGGAUAUGCACGCCAAAUUUCUUGCCGCGCGGCUGCCCGGGGCAAGUGUGUACAUUUUUCAACCAAAAUGGGUCGAGGAGGCAGAGUCAGAGGACGAGACUCGAUGUCUCUCUAUAUUCGAACAACCUCUCGUGCUCUGUGGUUCACUGGGGAAAGUGGUAGAGAUGAAUCAGGCAUUACAAACUCGACUGAAAUACGGUUCGUCUAAAGUUGCACGGGCGCUCAUCGUCGAGGAAGGCGCGUCGGGAGCCCCCGUGGUGGCGCUUCCGUUCCCGCAGACAGUCGUUCGUUCACGAGAUACAAUGGAGGACGACGUGUUUAUUGCAAAACUCUCCAAGAUGAUUGAUAUCGAACUGGAAGCUCUCCGCGCGUCGAGCGAGUCCGACACAGAUUUUGCGGUGUUUGAUCCGACAGAAUCAAGUCCUUAA